AUGUACGACGCAGAGGCGGAGGCGGCACGCCAGGAUUGGGACGGCGAGCAUGGCAAAGCAGAGCCCUUCUAUGCUGUGUGGAACGGCCCCAAGCUUGACUGGCCAGCGUACCUCACAGCUGAAGUCUUCGAGGGCGACCCGUCAAGGUGGCUAGAGAUUCAGGUGCAGUUGUCAGCAGAGGAUGAUGCAAGCGGACUCUCUCGAGAAUGGAACUGGCUUCGCUCGCGGUGGGAUGACACAAAGGCAUUGACCUGCGAUCAAACUCUCGAACCCAAUUCAAUCUUUGCAGAUUGGCGGCUAGAGGGUAUGGGUGGACGAGGGAGUGAGGGGCUACUUCCUCCGUGGUUGCUGAUUCGGCGCGUGCUCGCCAUCAUGGAGUCACGGUUGCAAAUGCACGGGCGCCGGCUGUGGUGGCGUUCCGUCUUCUACGCCCCACCUGGCUUUGCAAAGGAGCCUGACUCGCGACACGUCGAGUGCAAUCUGGCCCUCAUUUCCCACAUGCAGCUGGCAGGCCUCGGCGAGCGGCGAUUCGACAAAGAGCGGGCACAGUACCUCGGCAACGAGCUCAACCUCGUCGGUGGCAUGCCCCUCGAGCGACAGAGCCCCGGAACCUCGGGCAGCGCGGAUCCGCUGGACGCGCUCUCGCAGGCCCAGGCGCAGGCUCUCGCGCCGGCGGCUCCAGCGCUGCCCUACGAGGUUCUCGAUGUCAUCGCCAGCGAGGCCCGCUCCGACUUCCAGCGGCUCUGCGACACGGUGCGGCUCACAGCGGUGCACGUCAAGACGGCCCAGCACGUGAGCUGCAUCGCCUUCCUUUUCUCUGACGGCACCAAACGAACGCACGGUGGCGUCGCAUCUGGAACGUGGCGCGAGCCGCUCUGCCUCUCUCCCGGUGAAUUCCUCACGAGGGUGAGUGGCGAGGCCGGCGAGCUGCUGACCGCCGUCCGCUUCGACACGUCGCACGGCCGGUCGGUGCGCUACUCCGGCCAGGGAAGCGCGGGUGGCGUCCCCUUCGAACUCCAGCCACCCAGCGGUCACGAGAUUCUCGACGUUUCCUCACGCUGCUCGUCCAUCUUCCGGACGGUGGGCGGGCUGCAGGUCCUCGAGCUGUACGUCAUCCACCAGCGCGCGCUCGCCAAGCGCAACACCUUCUUCGUCUCGGGCCACGCAGCGUUCCACAACUUUGAGGAGGUGCUGGCGCUGCACUACCCAAAGCUGUCCCGCGCGCAACAUCUUGAUCUCCUCGCAACCGUGCGCGAGCACGAGGAUGGGCUCGCGCGGCGUGCGCGGCGCCACGAGGCCGUCGCCCGCCGUGCCGAGAUUGCCCAAGUCUUCGGGCUCAUUGACAACGACAGCUCUGGCAGCAUCGACUUUGGAGAGAUGCUCCAGGCGGCCCUGCGCGCAGGAUUCGAUCCCUCGCAGGCGGAGGAGCUGCGAAGCAACUUCGAGGCCCGAGGCGGCGAGAUCGGGAUCGACGAGUUCACCGAGCUUCUCGCCGAGCGCGAGGACCUGAACGCGUGCAUGGAGGGGCUGCUCGCAGAAGGGCGCAAGAAGCGCGAGCGACAGGAGCGGAUCCGCAAUCCGAUCAAGGUCGUGGAGAUGGUGGCGGCGGCGGCGGUGGCGAUAGCGGCGACGGUGGUGGUAAUGGCGGGGGCGCUGGCGGGGGCGGAGGUGGUGGCGGCGGCGGCGGCGGUGGCGGCGGCGGCGGUGCUUGUGGCGGUGGUGGGGGCGGCGGUGAUGGUGGUGGCUGCGGCGGAAGCGACGGCGGCGGACGUGGCGGUGGCGGUGGUGGCGGUGGCGGUGGCGGCGGCGGCGGCGGCGGCGGCAAGAGUGGCAGCGGCGGUGGCGAUGGUGGUGGCGACGGCGGGGGCAGCGGCGGCGGUGGCGAGGGAGGAGGCGGCAAGGGCGGGGGCGGCGGUGGAGGUGGAGGCGGUGGCGGUGGCGGUGGCGGUGGAGGCGGCGAGCAGCGGUUCGAUGCCGCCGACUCUCACCUUCGUGGGUGGGUGGCAGACGUGA